AUGUUCCGCCAAAUUAUAUUGCUCGUAGUUGUAUGCAGCACUUUUGGAGAAGGUAAAGUCUUGAAAACUUGGAUUUUAAAAACACGUAGAAUUGUGCUAUUUUUUCUUACUUCAUAUGACAUUAAAAUUGCAUCAUUUAAAGGAUCAGCAUCCAAUGCUAAUCACUGAAUUUACAAUUACAGAGUUCAAUAGUACUUUGGAAUUUAAACAGAACAGCGAUUACGUCUUCACGAAACAGCUGCAUGGGCAUGUGGAGGUACGUUUUGCCAAAUAAGGAGCACAAUGAUUUGCUAUUGUCAAUAAACUAACACAGAAGUCUUGUUUAUAGCGUAUGUUCGUGGACGGCGAGGAAAUUUCCAAUCCGAACAACGGAUCUCACUGUGUCGCGCCAAAUGACUGCUGGGAAGUCGUUGAACGUAAGGAAUGGAGCUCAUUUUGCGAUCCUCAACAUUUUUACCUAAACAAAACAAACUCAGAUCAUUUCCUAGUUUUUUGUCAAAUUUUAGCAAAAGUUAAUUUAUGAUGAAACCGCAUUUCAAAUAGAAUGUCUGUGAUGCGGCGAGUUGGUAGUAUAUUGCAGUGGGAAAAACACAGCUCUAUGUGAUAGUCAUACAUGAGUGAAUUUCGUAAUGUUCAAUCGAUAUUUUCUUCUCAAGCUGAAAAAUUGCUGGUCGCAUACGGUCUUCUCAAAGGAUCCACCGCAUCAUUUACGGUGGAAUCUGCGAAUAUGCCCCACCGCCACCCAGUUGGAAUUCAGUAUAAGAAGGCAGGCACGCCAGAUUGUAAGUGGAAAGGACAUGUCCCUCAACCUAUUCCAGCAAUAGGGCAUUUUUCAAAUUACGACCGCAGCCUACAGCAGGCAUUUUCCUUUUACUUGGGGCUGCUCAGUAGUCAGACACAUUAAAUAAACAGAGAAUUUUCUAUUUUCUAUUUGUGUAUAUUGAGUCCGUUUGCAUUUACGACUUAACCACGUUUCUCGUCCACCUUACGAGUUGAAUACGUGUCAAAAUGUCCCUUUUAGACGACGCACUGAAUUAUACAACGAGGCCUAUCGUGGCAAAAGAAAUUCUCGAAAAUGAAACUCUCGUUCACAUUCUAGUAUCCAGUUCGGAUAUCGGGGUAAAUAAUUACGUCAAAUAUGUAUGAUUGGAAUAUCAUUUUUGCCAAAUUCGGCAUAAAGAUUUCGAUUAAGUGAUACGAUUUGCAUUCAUAUCAUUCAACUAUGGCCACUGCUUGUGAACAGAGCGUCACGAAUUGGUUACCAGUCAAUAUGUUACUAAAAUUAUUUGCAAUCUACGACAAGUAAAAGAUUGUUAGUCGAUUUGAAUAAUUUUUAUUUGCCACAUUUUAUUCUAGAAGUAUAACAUCUGCCAUAACAUUUGGCCUUUCCAACAUUUUAGCAUGUAAACGCCACUGGAAAUAUUACAACGACCCAUAGAGAUUAUACUGCCAUCUCCAUAUUUGGAAAGACCGGUACGUGCCUGCUCUGAAGUGAAAAGCGCGUCCAAUAAGUACACAACAUUCAAGCGACUGCAACAUAAUAUUUUAGACGAUAUUCAUGCUCAUACAGCCGGUUUAACCUCUGCCUUUGUUUUUUAGGUGUGAUGGCGUUCGACGUUGUUCUCUUCACCGGCCACCUGGGAACCGAACCGCGAAUAAUGGAGAUAAUGUUCGGUAACGGCAGGGUUGACCGUAUUACGAUAACACCCUCCAAUAAACCCGAGGCGACAUCGCCAAUACUGACAUUCAUCGAUUUCGAGAAUUCUUUCAGGACGUAUUAA